AUGAGCGGCUAUCUCUGGAAAUACUUUCUCGAAGAUGAUGUCGACAGCUUUCGGCAUGUCCUCGCAACACCCACGCACACCAACCGGCCGGCAGCACAGAAGAGCCUGAGUGGCUGGCAGUCGGGCCCAUCUCCCGCGCCUACAAAUGGCAGUCCGGGUAGCUACAAUGCUUCUCCCAUGACAGCUGCAAAGGCUCGCAGAACAGGCAUGGGUGUAGCCGCCAGCUUGAGUCGCUUUGACAUCAACAGUCGCGAUGCCGCAGGAAUGACUAUACUGCAUCAUGCCGCCUCAUCCAUGGCCGACAGUGCCGUCGAUUUUGCACAAGCACUGCUAGAGCACCCCUGGACAGACUUGUACAUUCAAGAUGCCGAAAAUGGCUGGACCGCCCUCCAUAGAGCCUUUUACUUUGGCAACAUUGCCAUUGCACGCCUCAUCUUGAACAGAGAUGCCCAGGACAUUUUAGGCCAGGGCUCCAGCGCUUUCAACCAGCAUGCCCGUGGACUUGUCAAGAUCAAGGACAAGGAGGGUUAUGGUCCCCUAGACUUGUUCUCCAUGACCAUCAAAGACCGGACUUUACGCCCGGAAGAGGGUCCUAUUCUUGAUUCAGAUUCGGACGAUGAAUUGGCUCACGCAGACAGCGCUGACAUGGAUGACGAAAUGCGCAAGAGGCUGAUUGCCCCGCCCGUCUCGCUGGAUGGCGAUGAAGUGUACACGUUUGGCAGCAACAAAAAUGUAACCCUUGGUUUCGGAGAUGAAGAUGAUCGGCAAUUCCCUGAACGCAUCACUUUGCGCAGACCAGAUCACCUUCUGCAACGUUUCUACAGGGAGCACCUUGACCGGCAAAACCAACAUUUUGCAGCCUUGGGCAUUCCCACUCAGGACUCGAGCCCGCAACCGCGCAGUACAGUAGACUUACCGAUACAUAUUCGAAACACGCCAAUACUCAUUCAAGAUGUUCGAAUGUCCAAGUUGCACACCGCUGUACUAACGGCAGAUCCAGUUUCUAACUUGUACAUGUGUGGCCAUGGCCCAGGUGGUCGCUUGGGCACAGGCAACGAAACUACGAGAUAUCAGUUUACCUGUAUUGAAACUGGUGGAUUGGGGCACAAGCACGUUGCCGCCAUCGCUCUGGGGCAAAAUCAUACUUUGGCAAUUACAGAAGAAGGCGAAGUCUUCUCAUGGGGCAACAAUGCUUACGGACAACUUGGUUAUGCAUUGCCCAAGCCAGCCGUGAAAGACGAUGACCCAAUCUCGACCAUACCACGACAGAUCUUUGGACCGCUCAAGCGCGAAAUCGUCACAGGCAUCGCCGCAUCGCGCAUACACUCAGUUGUACACACAUCCACUUCCCUGUAUACAUUUGGCAAAAAUGAAGGCCAGCUGGGCAUUGUCGACUCCGACGCUCGAUCUUUGGGAAUGCAAGUCAUCCCUCGGAAGAUUGCCGCUGCCCUCUUCUCCAGUCCCAUUCAUUCGGUAUCGGCUAUCGACGGUGCAACAAUAUGUCUCUUGGAGAAUCGUGAAGUCUGGGUUUUUGCAAACUAUGGUUACGCAAAAGUCAGCUUUCCUUUGGAUGGAUUCACGAGCAACUUCCUCAAAGAAAGUUGGUUAACCACCAAGUACGACACUGCACCCAACAAAAUCAGCAAAAUCACUUCGGGCGGAGACACCAUAUGUGCACUGUCCACUUCGGGCGAAGUCUUUACUGUCGCCGUCAGCCGGCGCUCCGAAUCCUCGCAAGACUCUGGUACCUCUACAACGAAUCCUAAACAGAUUAGGGGAGCUCUCUCUGCCCCUUUCCGUAUUUGGUCGUCUAAGAAGAGUCACAUGGCAGCAAGGGAUGUGGAUGUUGACCAGGACGGAUCCAUCAUAUUGACGACCGAAGUUGGUAGUGUCUGGAGACGCACAAAAAGAGCCACCAUCAAAAACGCGGCAGUCACAGCUGCUAUCGAAAGCAAACCAAAAGACUACAAGUUCCAGCGCGUUUCAGGUCUUACUCGAGUUAUUGCUGUCCGGGCGUCUGCUUUUGGGGCAUACGCCGCGAUACGCAAGGAUUGUGAUGUUACCCGGACACAGAUAGGUGUCGAUGAAGCCAGCCUGUGGGAGAACUUCUCGCCUUUGCUGGCUUUCCACGAGUUGACAAACUACGAAGAGACGUCUGACGAUGAGGAGCCUACGCCGAGGUUUUGGACAAGGGGCGCAGACGCACAAGGCCUUCGCAAGCGAGUUCUCAAAUCCAAAGAUCUGGAAACUGAGACAACAGAGGUUGUGCAACGCUCCGACUACGCCAUUCCGGAUUUAUUGACCAUAAAGGAGGACGACCAAAAGCUCGUCUUGAUAUUCCAAGGUAUCGACUUCUUGACUCUUUUCAACUUGGUCCUGUAUGCCUACACCGACUCAGUUGUCGAUUUCUGGAACGUCACUCGGCACUACCCUACCAUGGCACACAGAUAUCGCGCCGUGAGGACUGAACUGAUGAAGAUUGCUCUACGUCUGGAAAUGCGGCAACUUGAACCUGCUGUGCGACAGAUGGUACAUCCGCGAAAGUCUUUGCACGUCGAUAUGGAGCUGGCUAUCAAAGACGAGUCCUUCUUCCAAAGUGGCGAUGUCAUUGUCGAUCUUGCCGACGGUGAAAUGUUACUGCACUCGGAUGUUAUCUGCCAGCGCUGUCCCUUUUUCGAGGGCCUGUUUAGAGGACGCGCUGGUGGUCAAUGGCUUGCAGGAAGACAAAACGACGAGUCUUCUCUGAUUCACAUCGAUUUGACUCACGUCGAGACGCGUCUUUUUGAGCUUGUGGUUCGCCACUUGUACACAGACGCUGGCGAGGAGAUUUUUGCAGAUGUUACAAGCGAAGAUCUCAACGACUUGCUGGCCCUCGAUGAACUACUCGACCAUGUCAUGGACGUCAUGUCUGUUGCCAAUGAGCUGAUGUUGGACCGUCUCUCGCAAAUUUGCCAGAGACUGAUUGGUCGUUAUGUCAAUGCUCGAAAUGUUUGUUCUCUUCUUACAGCAGUCGCACCUAGUUCGGUGGCAGAGUUCAAGGAUGCCGCUCUUGAAUAUGUUUGCCUCAGUCUAGAAGCGGUCAUGCAAAAUGGCUCUCUGGACGAAUUGGACGAGGACUUGCUACUAGAGCUCAACCAGGUUGCUCAUGAGAACCAGCUUGCCUACUUGCCGUUUGCGCGAAGUGGGCGGGCUGAGACACUUUUGUUUGAUCGAUACCCGGAGCUUGCUGAAAGGAUAGAGCGAGGAAAGCGCGCCAAGAUCGACGCAAUAGUGUUGUCGAACAAAUAUGCAGAGAGCGAGAACAUGUCAAGCUCCUUCAGAGCACAGAGUCUAGAAGAGGUAGCAGCCUCGCCUCUCCGCCAGCGUAACAAAAGGCGGGCGUCCAAGGAGGUCAAGAGUCCUGCGCUGGCUCCCACGCUCCAAGGCAAGUCUUCUGCCCAAGACUUGAUGUUUGAAAUGUCGGAUGGAGAGGAAGAGACCGACAUGCCCAAGAGAAUCAAGCCCCCACGUUUCACCGAAGAGGGAGAGGUCGAGAGGGGAAUUGAAACACCCAUCGGGUCCCUCGAGUCGCCCUGGGGAUCUGUUCAGAAGCCAAGCCGGCCAUCACUGCAAAGUUUUGUAAGAGACGGAGACAUUCCUCUCAAAUCUGUUAGUCCUUCACCACCACCUGCCAUCAAGGAGACAAGGCCGCCCGAUCAACCUUGGGGUACAGCACCACUUGCAGGCCCUAAGCUUGAUCUCAAAGACAUAAUGGCCCAGGAUUCUUCAGCUACGCCUUCGAAUCUAUCGCUCGGAUUCUCUCGAGGAGAGAACGAACGCAUUGCCAAGGCAGCACAUACAAAGCUUUCUCAAAAGGAACGCAAGCGCCUUCAACAGGCUCAGCAACUCGGCACAUCAAUCGAAAAAACACAACCUGCGCCGCCAGCUGUGUCGCCAUGGCAGGCUGCUGCGCAUCGGAAACCAAGCGCCCCUCCAGCUAUAUCUCCGGUAGCACAACCACAGCCUAAGCCUUCGCCACAGCCUUCGCGUGCCUCCAGCACACCUCAGCUGACCAUGCGCCAAACCGUUGCGAACAAGGGAGGAAACUCCAAGCAAAGGGAAAAGCGUAACGCAUCGCAAAGCCAAGAGGCGCUCGGCAGUCCGUCUCCUUCAAAGACCCGUCCCGCAGCUUCUGAGCGAGGAAUGUCAGUUUCAACAGAUCCAAUUCCUACACCUCGGUCUGUGCGCCAUAUCCCUCUACCCCAACAUUCUCCGACUUCACCCAGUCAGCACCUCAGCAUGAUGGAGAUUUUAUCACUGCAAGAGGCUGAAAAGACGUCAAUACGCGAUGCAGCAGCAAAGCGUAGUCUUCAAGAGAUUCAGCAGGAGCAAGAGUUCCAACAGUGGUGGGAUCAAGAAAGCAGGCGCGUCAUUGAGGAGGAAGAGCAGACAAAGCGCCUAAUAGAGCGAUACUCCAAAGCUGCUGGCCAGGGCAGAGGCAAGGGAAGGAAUCCAAAGGGAGCAAAGGCAAAAGGACAGGACAAGAAAGACGGCGGCCAAGACGCUACACACGGCAAAGGAAAGAAGGAAUCAAAGCCUGGUCCUCUCCCUCCUCCCCCUGCCUCUGCCAGCGAGAAUCCGCAACCAAAAGCACCUGCAAAACAAGACGGUGCCAGCCGAGGCGGCCGAGGAAGAAUCGGUCGUGGUGGGCGUGGUGGUUCUCGAGGCGGACGCGCUCAGGGAAUACCCAGAGAUGGUGCCGCGUCGCAGCAAGGACCAGUUGCCACGGCGUCGCAGUCUUGAGUUGUCGGAAACACCAUAAUUUUUUUUU